GGUUCGAUUCCAGCUUCCUCCUCCCACAUGUCGAUGUGCCUCUGUUCAAAUUGCCUACUGAUCUGUGCAUAAAUGUGUGCGUGAGUGCGACUGGGUGAAUAUAGUGUAAAGUGCUUUGAGUGGUCAAAAUGACUGGAAAAGCGCUAUAUAAGUUCAGUCCAUUUCCAUAUGCCAUUCAAUCUGCUAACUAGAUUGAUGGAAGGAUUUUAUAGCAACAUUUCUGUUGUGAAGAAAAAAAUACUCUAUAGAUAAUCUUUGCAAUAAAUUGUAACAGAAAUUAAGCACAUUAAAAUAUGGAAACAAUAUGAAUUGUUGCACAAAAAGAGAAACUGCACAUCCUGCAUUGCUUAACUUAAAAACCUUUUGCCACACGACUGUUCUGCAGUUUAGCCCAGAGUCUCAAAUAGUUUCAAUCCGCGCCUGAAAAAAAAUCCAGAGCACGUUGGAGCUUGAGAAAAACCGAACAAGGGAGGAGUCACGAGGCGCAAGACACAGGAAGGCAGGACGUACAUUCACAGACUACACUUACGGAGUGGCGGUAACAAAACUAACCACCGGCCGGUCCGGAGGUGGAAUUGGGUCUGCGCCGAAGGAAGGCUAAGGAACCAACCACAGUUUGAAUUCCUGAUGGCUGCAGAAAAAACAGAAACAAGCUUCUCCUCGCUGCAGAGCAUUCAUGUGAAACCGGGGGUAAUGUGAGUGACACCCACAACCAGCAAGCUGUCAGCCUAUUCAGAGAUUCACGGUGCACACAUGCCAUUGGGCCGGAAGAAAGGAAAGGCCCUUUGCAUGUUGAUGAUGAUCAACAUCUUGAUCUGUGUUCUGGUGGGCGUUUCGUGGAAACUUGGGCAUAAAGGCGAUCCGAAGGGGAUUCGGAUUCCAUCCAAGAGGUUCUGGGGCCGAAUGUUAAUGAGCAAAUCCUUCUGGAACAAGGAACAGCAGCGCUUGGACGUGAUUAACAACCCGCUUAUCAACUCUGAACUCUUUGGAGGCUCCUUCAUUGCUCUGCCGGAUUGGCUUAAUGAUACCGGACCUCUUGACCCAUGUGAAGCGGAUUACCGGGUCGCAAGGCAGGUUUUGGACUACAACAUUCUACCAAAGCGGUUCCAGGACUUUCUUUUACACAUGCGCUGUAGGAUGUAUCCGAUGCUGAUAAACCAGCCCCACGUCUGCGAUGAAAAACCCUUCCUUCUGCUGGUGGUCAAGUCACUGAUGCCGCAUUUCGACCGGCGCCAGGCCAUUCGCCAGACAUGGGGACACGCUGGCUUCUUAGCCAAUCGGAGUGUGGUGACAGUGUUCCUGCUUGGCAGAACUUCAUCUGUGGACAACUUCCCCGACCUGCAGGAGAUGCUAAACCAUGAGGCAAAGCUUCACAAAGACCUGCUGCAGUGGGACUACAGGGACACAUUCUUCAACCUCACCCUUAAAGAAGUCCUUUUUCUAGAGUGGUUCAGCACGCACUGUCCUCAUGCUCAGUAUAUUCUCAAGGGUGACGACGACGUCUUUGUUAACACCUUACAAAUCAUUGACUUCCUGGAAGGCUUGUCUGAGGGCAAAGGCAAAGAUUUGUUCAUAGGUGAUGUUAUCAAGAAUGCAGGUCCCCACAGAAACAGAAAACUGAAGUAUUUUAUCCCUGAGAGUGUAUUUGUGGGGCAGUACCCACCGUACGCUGGCGGUGGAGGCUACCUGCUCUCUGGGGAUUUAGCAAUACGUCUUUCCAACAUUUCUCAGGAGGUGGUCUUGUAUCCCAUUGAUGAUGUCUACACUGGGAUGUGUCUGGAGAAGCUGGGCCUGGUGCCUAAAAAGCACCCAGGAUUUAGGACGUUUGACAUUGAAGAGAAGUACAGGGACAACCCAUGCAUCUACAGAAGCCUGAUGCUGGUUCACAGUCGAACACCACAGGAGAUGCUGGAGAUCUGGCCGUGGAUUACUCACCCUGAGCUGAGCUGCCAGUGACCUGUUUCAACUGGUUUUAAAGUUGUCAGAUAAUCUGCUUCAUUUUGUUGAGUAUUUUAAAUAUGUUUUUACAUAUUUGUUAAAAUGGUCACUAUGCACUGAAAUUAUGAGAUAAUCUGAGAAAAAUGUUUUCCUUCUCCCAGUGCUCCCAGUUCUUGAUGCUCCAUCAGAAAUAACUAAUCACAGCCAGGAGGAGGGUCUUACUGCUGUCAAUCGCCCUCAUAUAUGAGCUGCACUCACUCUCCCCCUUUCUCUCUGCUACCACAAAGGAGCA